UGUGUCAGCAGCAGAAGCAGCAGCAAUUGGGAGAGCAAGGAGGAGGUAGGGGGGGAGUGAGGACUGGCCGUCACCUCUUCCAUUCAGGCACAUUAGAAGAUCAGGACCUCCCUGUGCUGCUAACACACGCAUGUCCUCUGAAUGCACAGCGCCGGGUCACUGCAGGCUGGGGACAUCGCAGUCAGGGGCAAAUGGCUGUGACUUUCUCUUGCUCAUGAUCUCAAUGACCAAACUAAAGGCACACUGAGGUGCAAUAGAACUUUCAGUAUGGGUACCACAACUGAAGAGCUAGCUGUGAUAGAGGAUGAUUCUACACUGAAUCCCUUGUGUUUUGAGUGUGGGCAGCAGCAUUGGACAAGAGAAAACCACCUGUACAAUUAUCAGAAUGAAGUGGACGAUGACCUGGUUUGCCACAUUUGCCUUCAACCAUUGCUGCAUCCUUUGGACACUCCAUGUGGCCACACCUUCUGCUUCAAGUGCCUCAGAAACUUCUUACAGGAGAAGGACUUCUGCCCAUUGGACAGAAAACGCUUGCACUUUAAGUUGUGCAAAAAAUCCAGUAUCCUGGUGCACAAGUUGCUGGAUAAGCUAGUGGUCUCCUGUCCUUACUCCACCACUUGCAAAGAGAUCAUGCAACGUUGUAAUGUGGAAGCUCAUCUUAAGAACAGGUGUCCUGGAGCAUCGCACCGCAGAGAGGUAUUAGACCAGCGGAGAGCCAACAAGCUACAAAUUGAUAUUGAAGGUGAAAAUGGUCCUCCUGUGAUUGAUCAUCCAGGAGCUGUUUCACCCGAUGUAGAAAAAGCAGGGACCGUCCCGGCAUUGUUGGAAAGGAACCUGACACCGUCUGUACUUCCUGUGUGGUCUGAUGACCAAGGCCUUGAUAACUCAGACAUUGAGGAGAGCACAGUGGCUGACCCUACGCACCCACCACCUAGCUUGCCCGAGGGAGAAAUUACUACAAUAGAAAUUCACCGGUCCAAUCCUUACAUUGAGUUGGGAAUCAGCAUCGUUGGUGGUAAUGAGACUCCUUUAAUAAACAUUGUAAUCCAAGAAAUAUAUAGAGAUGGGAUCAUUGCCCGGGACGGAAGACUUCUUGCUGGCGACCAAAUCCUUCAAGUUAAUAAUUAUGAUGUCAGCAAUGUGUCGCAUAACUAUGCUAGGGCCGUCCUAUCGCAACCAUCUUCUGUGCUUCAUCUCACUGUCCUCCGAGAACGGAGAUUUGGAAACAGAACCCACAUCCAUGUAGACAGUAACUCGCAGAGAGAUGAGAGUUUUCAUGUCACGCUGAACAAACGAGGCUCCAAUGAACAGCUUGGCAUCAAGCUUGUGCGUAGGACAGAUGAAUCGGGUGUAUUUAUCUUGGAUCUCUUAGAAGGAGGAUUGGCAGCUCAGGAUGGAAGACUACACAGCAAUGAUAGGGUUCUAGCUAUCAAUGGACACGACUUGAAACAUGGUACUCCAGAACUUGCUGCUCAGAUUAUCCAGGGUAGUGGGGAACGUGUCCACAUGAUUGUAUCCCGACCUGCAAAGCAUCAUUCAGGUAACAUCCCGCGAGAAUUGGGUAACAGUCAGCUUCAUCAUCAUAUGCAGCAAGUUUAUCAUCACAGACCUAGUUCACAUAAGGAUCUUUCCCAAUGUGUUACAUGCCAAGAAAAGCAUAUUACGGUAAAGAAAGCACCCAUGGAGUCGCUGGGAAUGACUGUAGCUGGUGGAAGAGGCAGCAAGAGUGGAGAACUGCCUAUCUUUGUGACAAGUGUGCAACCUCAUGGAUGUCUAGCACGAGACAGCAGAAUAAAACGAGGGGAUGUUCUGCUAAGUAUCAAUGGUAUUGAUCUGACCAAUCUCAGCCACAGUGAGGCGGUUACCAUGCUUAAAUCUAGCGCUACCUCCUCCGUGAUCAUACUUAAAGCCCUCGAGGUGGAAGUUGCUGAAGAACAAUCACAAGCCAACGAGGAGAUGAGCACAAUAACUGAAAAUGAAUAUGAUGCCAGCUGGUCUCCUUCCUGGGUUAUGUGGCUAGGACUACCUAGCUGCCUUCAUAGUUGCCACGAUGUUGUUCUUCGGAGAAGCAGUCUGGGAAGCUGGGGAUUCAGUAUUGUAGGUGGUUACGAGGAAAAUCACACAAACCAACCUUUCUUCAUCAAGACCAUUGUGCUUGGAACUCCUGCUUAUUAUGACGGUCGACUAAAGUGUGGGGAUAUGAUCGUUGCUGUGAAUGCGUUGUCUACAGUGGGCAUGAGCCACUCGGCAUUAGUACCAAUGCUAAAAGAGCAAAGGAACAAAGUAACUUUGAGUGUUAUCUCCUGGCCUGGAAGUCUGGUAUAGAUACCAUCUUCAUUAUGUCCUUCUUGAUAUUUUUAAAAAUAGCUGCUCAAAAUAGCUGGUUAAAAGCUGGGCCAAAUCACUGCAACUACGAUUUAAAUGAUAUUCCGACUGGGUCAAGAAUUUCAUUGUGCAGCUAUUGCUUGCAAUUCACUGAUUUCAAUGCAACAGACUCUUUGAAGACAGUAGUUGGACCCGGGGUGUAGAGCAAGUUGCACCCUACAACUCCCACUGGAAUGAUCUUUGUCAACACGAAUGGAGCAAGAAUGGAACAAUACGUGUCCCCCAGCCUGUGAUAUGAGAAUCAGAAGAGCUGAUACAAUACAUCUCUUCCGCCUUCCGUUAUCUAGCCUCUAACCACUGCUGCUCACUUUCUAACAUUGUCCAUAAAUCUGUGAACUAUACCUUGGGCAGCGCUGGAAAUGUCAGCUUUUGCCCGAAGUAUCACUGUUAGGAGAUUGUGUUAAGCCAUAUUGUAAUUGGUUUUGGGUACCAACCAUAGAAGAUAGCAAAAUGCCAUUCCAUCUCCGACUAUCCUGAAAUGCUUACCGACGCCAUAUUAUUCUGAAAAAAACAAUGUGAAUUCUUCCAUAGCUGCAGUUAUCUGAGUAUUGGGCUGCUGUAAGGCUUGAGUUGGUAUACUUUACAAGAACAAUGUUGAUACCUGAUAUCCAUGGAAAUAAUACCCAACACAAACUUAUGUUAGCGCUGAGAAUUCCACACAAUACGAGGGGCCAAAGCCAACUGUUAAUAAAUGGAUUUUGUACUUGUACAGUAUUAUUUUUUUUUCAUGUGUGUGUCAGAUAAUGAUUUAAUAAACAAUAUAAAGAUGAGGAUCUGUGGGCAGCGUGACGCAGGCAUACCUUCCUCAUGAAUGUUCGUUUUCUUAGUAUGAGCAACUUUUUGGUACUUUUCCUGCAAAACAUUGAUGCUUCUGAUGUUGAAUCGUGUUAAGUGGUUCUAAAAUUUCUUACAGAUCUGUAAUAGUAAG